AUGUUGAGCCUCCUCUCUCUAGUCCUUUUGGCAUUGCCGACAAGUUUCGCUGCCCCAUUAUCUGGCCGCACCGAUCCAGUGAUCCGCCAAGUUUACACCUUUGGCCCGAACAGAUUCAUUGAAAACAUUGCCGUACGGUCGAACAGCAAGCUCCUUGUCACUUCCAUGAGCGUUCCCGAUCUCUUCAGCAUCAAUCCUACACUUACCUCACCGACAGCGCCUAUUGUUUAUACAUUCCCCAAUGCCAGUGGCCUAUCAGGAAUCACCGAGACAUCCCCUGACGUCUUCGCUGUUGUCUCGGGAGUCUGGGACCUCGCCACCACACGCGCAAAUCUUGGUUCCCUCUCAGUCUGGACCGUCAAUUUCUGCGGCUCAUCUCCUGUUGUCAGCCAUGUCGCCAGCAUUGCAAACUCCACUAUCCUCAAUGGCAUCACAACGGUUCCCGGUUCUCCCCAUCUCGUCCUGGCCGCCGACUCGGACAUUGGUGCCGUGUGGAAAGUGAACACUCUCACUGGCGCAUACAGCAUUGCCUUCUCUGAUCCGCUUUUCCUCCCUACCGGCACGGCACCAGGGACCAAUCUAGGCAUCAAUGGUCUCAAGGCCAAGGGGAGUUACCUAUACUUCACCAAUUCCGCCCUAGGCAUCUACGGACGUGUGGGAAUCAAUAGCCUAGGGAACAAAGUUGGCAGUGUCCAGACCCUUGCCAGCAUGCCGGUGGUUGGCGGGCACUAUGACGAUCUCGAUAUCGAUGCGAGCGGCAAUACUUGGAUUGCAACACACCCUUCGCACGUUGUCAAGGUUAAGUCCGAUGGUACUCAGAAGGUUCUUGCGAAUACUGCGUUGUUGUUGAACCCAACGAGUGCAGCUUUCGGAAGAGGAAAUGCCUUGGAGAAGCGGACCCUGUAUGUGACGAAUGGAGGGGAGUUUGUUGGUAAUGACCUUGUGAAUGAAGGUAUUGUUUCGUUUGAUACGGCUGGGUUUUAA